AAGACUUCAUGGACUUUUAAAUCUUUGUGCGAAAAGAGGAAAUUUGCACGGUGCGACACUAGUCAUGGAUGAAACCUGGAACCCACGUCUUCUAUUUUCUAAGGCCACUACCAGACACGUAUGAAACUGAUAUAACACCUAUAAAUACCCCCUGAGGCACCCUAAAGAGACCUAUUGCUAAACGCUAAUCCUUAAACCCCCUGCGAAAAGAUAACUUUGUUGUGGUGACAUCACCUUACAUUCACCGAAGGGCCGAUCGAGUUGCAAAUUGGUUCACAAGAAAUGUAAAAUUUAAGAUUGCUCUAAAACAAUCCUGACUAGUAAUAUAAUAUCUGAAAAUGCCAGUUCGGAUAAAGAAGACGGAUGAUUUAAGGUCAGUUAAACAAUGUUUGUUUUUUUUGGGUCGGAAGCAAGGUGCAUGUUUUGUAGGGGUGUAAAUAAAUUCCCAAUAAUGUAAUUUGAAGUGAUGAAGCCAUAUGAUUUUGAACUUCAAUUUGAUUUGAGCUUGAUACUCUAAAUUGUGGAGAAGUAACGGGAGGGAAAAUCAGUUGAUAGAGAGAGAGGGAAAUGGAGAAUCCCUCUCUCUCCCUCAAAUUCGCCGUAUUUCUCACCGUUUCUCUUACAGCCUCCUCCUCCUCCUCUCAAUUCUUCCUCAAACCACAAUCACCAUCAGCAAUCCCUAAAGCCACACCGUCCGAUUUGCUAUCCGUCCUUGGUCCCACCACUCAAUCUUCCAAAAUCAACCCUCUUCUCUCCAAACAACUCAAAUCCUGCCUCAAAUUCCUCGUCCCUUUCACUCCUAGCCAAUCUCAAUAUCAAUGUCACCAACCCUCUUACUUUAAAAGCCGCAGACUCACUUCUUCACAUCCUAUUAUCCAUUUUAACAGAAGCCAGAGAGAAAUAGAGAAUGAGCUCGUCUGGUGGCCUCCUGAACCUAUCCUUGAGUUGGCUCGACUCGCCGUUGACUCCGGCGGUGAUCCGGACGCUAUCCAUCGUGCUUUAGAUCCUACUGUCUUGCCCAUACCUGAUGUUGAAGGAUCAAACGAAGAGCGAUGUCAGCUUACUAGAACACUCUAUGGCAGACGCUUCAUAAAUGAGGAGUUGAAUUCGUAUCUCAAGUUUUUAUUUGAAGUGAUUGUGGCUCGAGGUCCCUCUGUUGGGCUUCAUGUUUCUUUGAAUCGCUAUGAUUUUUUUCAUGGUCACCUCUUUAUUGCCUCAGAAACUGGACGUCUUGGUAUUCUGUUCCAUGCCAAAGAAUACCCUGCAUAUGAUAGAAAAGUAUUCCCUUACAACAUGGGAUAUUGCCAAAUAGGUUCUAAUGUAACUUAUGAUAGGUCAAUGAAUUUCCGCAACAUUCUUUGGCUGGCUCCCUUUCCAGGCAACUCACCUAAAGCUUGGGUGGCUCCAGGAGUCCUAGUAGUGCUGGAUGCCCAUCCAGGGGGAAUCAUAUACCAAGAUCUCAUACCUGAGUAUGUGAAAUUUGUGAGGACAAUAUAUGAAGAUGAUUUUGGAGAGGUUGCAGUUGAUGUCAAUUACUUAAAUGUUGGAGAGACCGUUCCUAAUUAUCAAAUCUUCAUAUGCUGAAUCCUUCUCAUUGUCGAGGUAUAAAAUGGAUUGCGGGACGGUAAUCUUGCUUUACCAGUACAACCCGCCCGCCCUUUGCUGAAUGCUUAUCUAGUAAAAAAAACAUUAAGAUUUUAAUUGCCGGGAACUUGGCAGACUCUUUUUCCUUUUCCAGAAGUUGCGUAUUUGUAUAGGUGCAUUCUGCCAGGGGCGAAGAAUGGAGCGAAUAAGAAAAAAUCCCAGAAUCCACGCCGAAGGGAUGCGGAUGAUGACACUUGUAAUGCACGAGAAAGAAGCUCACCUCAUAUAUCAGGUGCUUCUUAUCGUCAUAGCCCUUAGAUAGUCGGUGAUUGAUCAAAGAUCAGUGGCUAUUACCACUGUAACUUCAAAAUUGGCUAUUACGACGGUCCCAUGUUCAAAUUGUCUGUUUUAGGUUGAGAUCUCAUCUUUUGUCAGUAUCUUAUCUCCUGUCCUGUAGGUACCGCUCUGAGUAUUUGUUAGUGAAGCUGGCGCCUGGCGAUCAAAGCUCGUCGGCCUUCACCCGAGAUGCCCGGUAGGGCUCUUUCAUACUAGGCGGUGGUGCGCCCUUGUAAAAGUAUUUUAUUCAUUUGAAAAUAAGCAUUGCAUAAUAAUAAAUAUCGCUUAUAAUUUAUUAA